CUCGUCCGACAAACUAAACCUGACGACAUAUUGCCAGACUUGGAAAGAAUUCGCCGUGAAUCUGCAAAAUUUGUAGAAUGAGAUGUACACUGAUUGCUUUCGAAUCGAUUCGCAGGUAACGGGCCCGCGAGGAACCCGAUCUUUACUGCCCUUUCUUAAGUCCGAGAAGAUAGCCACAUCAUUGCCCAGCUUUUCACGGAGAAAAGAGCUGUGAUGUAAUGAUGCGCAAUGAAUGCCUUUUUCAAAGUAAAAGAAUUUUAGAGCUCGAGUAUCAUUUUCUUUGCUUCAAUCCAGCUAGAAGCCUCGGCCUAGAACUGUCCCGCGAGGUUCUGAAAAGGGGCCACCUCGUAAUCGCCUCCUCGCGAUCCCCAGCAAAGACGCCCCAUCUCGUCGAGGAGAUCCAGCAAGCAGGCGGCCACUGGAUCACCCUCGACGUCACAAAAGACAAUGUCCAACAACAGGUAGACAAGGCAGCACAGAUCCACGGGCGUAUAGACGUCCUCGUCAACAAUGCCGGCUACGGUAUCGCCGGCGGCUUCGAGGACCUCACACUAAGCGACUUCCAAACCCUCUUCGACACAAACCUCUUCGGCACAAUCCGCGCAACCCAAGCCGUCCUCCCGCACAUGCGCGCCGCCCACUCGGGGACCGUCAUCAACAUCUCCUCCACAGGCGGCCUCCGCGGUCUCGCCGCCGUAUCCGCCUACUCAUCCUCCAAGUUCGCCGUUGAGGGCCUCUCCGAGUCUUUGGCGGCCGAGUACGCAGACUUUGGCAUCCGCGUUAUACUCGUCGAACCGGGCCCGUUCCGGACUUUAUUCCGGGACCAGCCCGGCUUCUCGCCCGCCGCGGGCCGGAUGAGUGCGUUUUAUGGGGGCACGGCGGCGGAAGGGGUGUUGAGGUAUUUGGAAGGUGGUGGUGGGAAGCAGGCUGGGGAUCCGGUGAGGGCUGCGAGGCAGAUGUUUGAUUUUGUUAUGGGGGAGGGGCUGGCCACGGAGGUGAGGGCGAAGGAGAAGGAGAAGCAGAUGGGAGAGGGGAAGGGAGGGAGGUUUUUGAGGCUUCCGUUGGGUAAGGCUGCUGUUAAGACGGCGCGGGAGAAGGUUGAGGAUUUGGAGCGGAAUAUUGAUGCCGUGGCGCAUAUUGCUAAUGCUUGCGAUUUUGAGGAGUGAGAG